AUGAAAAAAUUUAAACGCCAUUAUUUGUCAUUAUUUGAAGAAGAAAAAUACGAUACAUGUAAUAAACCAAUUACUAGCGGUACAACAUCAGAAGAUCACACGGAUGAUGUAAAUGUAAACGUAGGAGAAGGUUUGAGUGAUUCCGAUGGAAGUAAUUCAGAAACAACAUCAGAAGAUCAUAUGAAUGACAAUAUAAACGUAGGAGAAGUGUUGAGUGAUUCCGAUGGAAGUGAUUCAGAAACUUACAUUGUAAAUGAAGAAAUCGAUAAUAACGAUAGCGAUCAGAGUGAUGUGGACGAGCAUAAUAUAAUAGAUGUAGAAGAAAUUGAAGAAAUAUCGAAACUACGGGUGUGGGCUAUUGAAUGUAAGAUUCCGUUCGUACAUCUGGAUAAACUGUUAAAAAUCCUUCAACAAAGACUUUUACCUACAUUACCAAAAUCAAACCGAAUCAAGUGCAACAAAGAUGU